AAAGUGCGAGCUCCAAUUUGACAGUAGUCUAAUUUUACGAUGGCUUAUGCUCUUAACAGAAGCUUGUGCUCUGGAAGAUGCCCUCAGCUCCCUAAUCCGAUUCCUAUUCUUCAGAGACCUUUCCGGAUCUCCAUUGCCUCUAUUUCUACCUGUCCGAGAGCUACCCACCUCAAGCAUCUCACCAGAGCAUCAUCUGAAGAAAUAAUGGAGGAUUCAAAGUUUGUUCCUUUGAAUGCAGAGGAUCCUAAAUUUGGUCCACCGGCUUUACUCUUGGUUGGUUUUAAAGCAAGUGAAGCAACAUCGAUACAACAGUUUCUAAAGGAUUUGGAUGGUGAAUUCCUAGAGGUCAUAUUUUGUACUGAAGACAUGAUUAAUCGCUCUCUUUGGGAUGCAAUGAAUACCAAACAACCCAAUUUGGAAUCUCUGAAGAUUGCUAAACUAUUGCCACGGAUUUGCUUCUUAUCUGGUCUUACCGGGGAGGAGAUGAUGAUGUUCAUUGAAGCAUUUGAAGAAACAAGGCUAGAACCUGCUGUCUUUGCAGCUCUUGUUCCUAACAGUGCAGACAAAGCAGUAGAAGAAUUGAUAGAAGAGAUAAUGGGAGACCACAAAAUGGUGUUGGGCUCAACAGAAAACAACAAUUAGAAAUGACAUUUCCUAAACUUUGUUCAAAGCUUCAUCAUGUCAACCGUGUCAUCUAUAGAAAGAAUUAUCAGUCUGGGUAAGAUGCAGAAAUGAAGCGUGGCUCAUACAAAUCUAUUUAGGUAUGAAAGCCUGAGCAUCCCAUAAAUGGUUAAAAGGUUUUACUUUUCAUUUCAAAAUACUAUCACACUGAAGUAACACAUGAAGAGAGUGAAUAGCAGCAGGCAAGGAAAAUACCUUAUUACCUGUUAUGAAAAAUGAAAUGGAAUCCUUUUAUGUAAUAAUUAAUGCAGUGAUCUCAAAGAUUUUUCGGCUUUAUUUUUAU